CAUUUUAAUUAUUAUUUUUUUUUUAAAAUAACGGUUAUUAUAUUUGGAUUACCAUUGCAUGUGUAAACGAGGCUUUAGUCAGGACUUAGCUCUUACCUAUCAAAGGCUGAAUGGCCUUCUAUUCAUCAAAUUAUGAAGGGAGUUUGGAGAAUGGAAUGUGAGCCAUGUUAUUUUUGUAUUAUCUUGUAGAAGAAUAUCGAAGCAGAAACGUAACUUGAGAAGGCUUCCUCAUGAAAUGCUCUUCCAUCUUUGCGCAUCACUGGUGCUGUAUUCUAGAAACGCUAAAUGGUUGGUUAGACGAUAACAAUAACGAUACUGCCUCAUUCUGAUAUGAUGCGGCAAAACUGUAACGUUUUUUUUAUAACUUAAAAGUGUAAUACUCCUCACAAUUUCAUAUCUUAUAUAAACAUAGAGCUCAGUGAAUAGAUACAGGAGGUUUCUUGCUCACAAUUGCCAUUUUAUUUACACUAAGAACAAAAUCAGCAUUUUUUUGCAGCUGUAUACCACAUGGUAUCAGAAUGAGCCCUAAAUCACACUUGAAUGGCUCCUCUGUUGUUUAAUGUGGAAAAUGAAUAUAAAAUCAUUGUUUUGGUCAGACAUCAAUGAUUUAUACUUAUGAGUCUCCCACAUCAAUUUAUUGGCCCGUUUCGGAUAACUUGGCGAGUGAUUUUAUCAGGACAUACCUCAAGAAUAUGACUGGAGCAAAAGCCGAUCAUUUUACUCCAUCGAGGUGACUUCUAUUCAGAAGAAGUCAUGUGGGGGCAGUAUUGAUCGUGCUUGACUGACAGAGCCCUAACGAGUUUAUCAUGGGGGUGUGACCACUUCAAUCGUUAUCAUUACCAUUAAAUCAUGUAUGCAUAUAGUCCAUCGUUGUUGCUAUUGUACAGGUCCGACCAGCCCUGAAGAAGAGGUGUCUUUGUUUUUUAUCCCGUGAAAGCAGUUAAAUUUUGGUUCACCCCGGGCUAGGAGAAUCCAUAAUUGAAAUGAUAUCACUAAGAGUACUUUAUGCCCAAAUAUGUAAUCCCAGUAACAUACUUUUCUCACUGGUGUAUACUCCAUGUAGAUUAUAGCAUUGUAAAUAUUCCCAUUAUUCAUUAAAAUUAUGUUUGGAAAAGAAAAUGAUGGAUAUAGAAUAUUUUUCUUUGUUUUUAUGCACUGUUUUUUUAAACUUGCCUAUUUUUAUUUUAGGUAAUAUAUAUUCAUUGUGUGUUUGUAAAAUAGCACUUUAAGGAGUUUUGUUUUCAGCACAGCGCAGUAGAGUAUUUUUAUAUAGUAGCUGCGCUGUGUGAAUUGAUCUUAAUUAUUAUUAUUAAUUGGUGUAUUAACCUCAUUUCUAUAAACUGAGUAUGUAUUCUAUUUAUUAAGAUAUCAAUUCGAAGAAAGAUUCAGAUUUGCUAUGCUUUAAGAUUAGUGAUUCAACUAAAUUAGCAUUGUUUUAUCAAGUGAUCAUAGUGGAAAUUAUUCAGCAUAAUAUUCUUUUAACUUUUAAAUACAACGAAACAAUUAUUGUUAAGGCAUUUUUUGUUCCUCUUCUAAUUUAUUUUGUUAUUUUGUUAAUUUCUGUUAAUACCAUUUGUUUUUCAGAAGUGUUCUUUUAUACACAUUUAUAAUGCUGCAAAUAAGAUAUAUGUGUGUAUAUUUUUUUAAUUGUAAAAGGAUGUGCUAUUUUUUCUGAAGGAAGCAGGGUUAGAUAAGUACUACAGAAAGUUAUAAAAGUAUUAACUUGACAUGAUUUUUUUGUUUGUGUAUAUGUAUAUCUCCUGUUAAGAGUCACUAUGUGGAUGUUCACACUAGUUUUAAGAGAUCUCAGUCUAGUACAAAAUUGUACAUAAAAAAAAAAGAGAUAAAAUUUUGCCUGAAAACCACCAGUAAAUCCCCAGGUUAGAGUUAUCAACUUUGUACAUAUCCUCUAACCAGAAAUUCUUAGCUUCAACAGUAGUAUACCUCCUCAUAUACCGCUUACCACCUCAAUAUGUCAAGAGUGAUUGACAACAUCUUGUCAGAGAGUGAGAGAGAGAAAGAGAGAGAGAGCGAACAUUGUAAUAGGGAGUAAGGGAAUUGGUGUCAUGGGGGUCGUUGUAAGUUUAAAAUUAUUGUUGUAAUCAUCAAAAAAAUCUUCCUUUUCAGGAAAACUUAAAAUCAUAACAGUUGGAUAAGGGCAAGUCUGGUAUUUUGUCAUCUGGUGUCAUAAAAAACCAUCAAAAAUUCAUCCUUUUCAGGAAAACUCAUAAUCACAACAGUCGUAUAUGGGUCCGUGUAGGGUAUAUGUGUCAUCUGGUGUCUAAACCGUUAUUCUAGAGUUGGCCGGUAUUCUGGAUUUAAGAACAUAGAUUCACAUGGCAACGUAUCAUUACUCUUCAUAUUCGGUCGUAUCUGAGCUUUUCAUUCAAUGAUCAGCUAGACUCGAAUCCUAGAUGUGUCGGUAACGUAUUGGACGAAAAACUUGGAUUUGCCCAUAUACUAGAUUGAUAUUCAAAAUACUCAUUUAUUAUGUAGAAGCAGAAAAGCGUUUUCCCUCUCUUUGUUGUUGGUGGUUGUGAGCCAGCAAAUCACAGCAUGUUUAUUAUCAGUAAAGUGUACGUUACAAGCAGAGUUAAAGCAUUCUACAUGUAUAUGUAUCAUGUGUGUAUUCAUAUAUCUGUGCAUUCAUAUAUUUGUGUAUUCAUAUAUCUGUGCUUUCAUAUAUUUGUGUAUUCAUAUAUUUGUGUAUUCAUAUAUUUGUGCAUUCAUAUAUUUGUGCAUUCAUAUAUUUGUGCAUUCAUAUAUCUGUGCAUUUAUAUAUUUGUGUAUUCAUAUAUAUGUGCAUUCAUAUAUUUGUGUAUUCAUAUUUCUGUGCAUUCAUAUAUUUGUGUAUUCAUAUAUUUGUGUAUUCAUAUUUCUGUGCAUUCAUAUGUUUGUGUAUUCAUAUAUCUGUGUGUUCAUAUAUUUGUGUAUUCGUAUAUCUGUGCAUGCAUAUAUUUGUGCAUUCAUAUAUCUGUGUAUUCAUAUAUGUUUGCAUUCCAUUUCCUGCUUGCUGAGUAUUCCAUCACAGUGUGUUCAUCAUAAAUGAUUAUAUUUUGGGAACUAUGUAGUCAAGCAAAGAAGAUAACAACUUUACUAUUCUAAUAAUAGUCAAAAUGAAUAUAUAAGAGUAUAUUUUAUGUUAUAAUACCAUGAUUAAAGAGAGAAAUGCAUUUUUGUAAGUCAUAUUCAAUGUGAAAGUUGUUAGCUUUCUUAAAGAAUAAGAGCUCAAAUAUGAAUUUAUUUUUAAAUGCAAGUAUUUGUUGAGGAUUGUACAUGUGAAUGAACAAGUAUCUAUGACCAUCAUAUGAAUGCUGAAGUGGCUGAAUGCUUAUUGUGCUGAAACUAAGAGGUCUUUUCAUUAAAAAAAUGAGAGUACUUUUAAUAUAUUCCUAAAACUAACAUAUUUAAUAUGUAGCAGUGUUUUUAAAUAGAUAGGUCACUAAUUUGCAGAUUGAAUUUAUGCAGUACUAAUAUUUCAGCAGAAUAAAAUCACAAACAAUUUUAGAAGUAAAAAA